AUGGCUGACGACCGUCCUACCCCUCUUCGCCUGGGCUCUACCGCCCCCAACUUCAAGGCCGAGACCACGACGGGUCCCAUCGACUUCCACGACUUCAUCGGCGACAAGUGGGUGGUCCUCUUCUCCCACCCCGAAGACUACACCCCGGUCUGCACCACCGAGCUCGGCGCCUUCGCCAAGCUCGAGCCCGAGUUCUCCAAGCGGGGCGUCAAGCUGAUCGGCCUGUCGGCCAACACCGUCGGCAGCCACGAGGGCUGGAUCAAGGACAUCGGCGAGGUCACCGGCGGCAAGGUCGCCUUCCCCAUCAUCGCCGACAAGGAGCGCAAGGUCGCUUACCAAUACGACAUGAUCGACUACCAGGACACCACCAACGUCGACGAGAAGGGCAUCGCCUUCACCAUCCGCUCCGUCUUCGUCAUAGACCCCAAGAAGACCAUCCGCACCAUCCUGUCCUACCCGGCCUCGACCGGCCGAAACUCGGCCGAGGUCCUUCGCAUCGUCGACUCCCUGCAGACGGGAGACAAGCACAAGGUCACCACACCGAUCAACUGGGUUCCGGGCGACGAUGUCAUUGUCCACCCCAGCAUCAAGAACGACCAGGCCAAGGAGCUAUUCCCCGAAUUCCGUGCCGUCAAGCCCUACCUCAGAUUCACCCCGCUGCCCAAGGAGAAGGCCACCGUCUCAUAG